AUGCAUCUCUUCGCCAUAUGCAUCGUUCCAGCCCAUGGCGAGCCAUCCGGACACAAUGAUAUUGGCGCCAUGGACAAAUCAAUAGCCAAUCAAGAGUUCUCAAAUGCAUUUGGCGAAACAACAGACACGGGCCAACGGCGCGUCAAUGGAGAAGUAUACUUCACGGCAGUCAAAAUAAUAUUUGGGAUUCUACUUCAAGAUGACAACGGCUAUCUUAAGGAAGUCAUCAAGGAUAUUCCUAACGCUCCACUACACUUUACCCAGACCGAAAGCGAUGCAAAUCUCGAGCAAAGCAUAGAAGAUAAACUGCUGGGCAUGAUCAAGCAGAUCAUUACGAGCCUACAGAAAAUACUCUUCGACGAUCCAAACGGCCUCAAAACCAUCUUGGAACCAUACACCAACGACAAUGACAAUGGCAAUGAAGACAUGGCUACACAGAAAAUCCCAAGAGAGCUUGGAAAAGGACUUCUUGCCAUGGACAGCAUUCCUGCAUUUUUGAUCCGCUACGGCAUCGGUAACUACCAGCACAUCAUUGCAAUAUCAGAUCAAAUCAAGGCAAAGGACAAAAUACUCACAUUAGAAAUCACAGUUCCGAUGUAUAAAGGCUGGAAAAACACAGGAAACCCCACCUGUUGCAUAACAACCUACAUACUCUAUGCAAUAUUCUGCAUUCGCUUCAAAGCAGAGCCAUACGUCAGAGUCGAGAGCACAAGCGUUUGA